CUAACAAAUAAGACAAAAGAAUUUAAAUUUGUGAAAAUCUUUUCUUUCCUUCUUUUCAAAUCUGCAACAUUCUUUGAAAAUAUUGUUGGAAUGUUGUUAUUGAAAAACUGAACAUGCAAGUUUGCUAGCACUGGCCACUAGAUUGAAGGCGAUGGAAAGACAGAAUAUUCGUUUUGGUUAUGCUAGUAUUGGUAGCCGAACGGAAAGGAAAGGCACAGGAAUGGCACGAAAACGAGCGAGAGAGCGAUAGUAGUGCUUUCUCGUGUUUUCAUAUAUGAAUAUUGGUCGGUCGGUUUUUCUCAUCAUUCGUAUUCGUUCCAGAGAUGCCAUUAUGCCAGAUUUAUCUGGCACAGCCAGAGUUUUUGGCAGCUUCCAGGCAAAAAGACGAACCUCUCAUUCUGCUAGAUUUUUAAGUUUUAGAAGCUGCUACAUACACAUUUUGGAAAUUUGGGUAAUAAUGUCCCAAAUUUAACAAAAAUCCAUUGACCCAGGGUCGAUGAUUUUGAGGUCGCUGUCAAGUGCCAGAUUUUGCAAGACAUUUUUAGUUGAACUGACAGAUUUUUUUUGAUAAAAUAGUGGCAACUCUGAUUCGUUCAAGCACUAGCAAGCAGCCAGUCCACCGGAGGAAAGCAGUUGGCAAUGAUGACGGUCCGCAAAAGUGCCCCAGCUACUGGUGGCCCAUCGCAACCAACUACCGAUCAGGAACUGUCGCCAUGCCAGUAUUUCGCCCCAAAUAAAGGGCAACGGAGAAACUAAUCCGCUGUCUAACAUUCCAGCGUCUGGUUCGUAAGGUUGUGUAUUACUUCAAAGUCGAGCUACGCUUACAAAACUCUGCCGUAAUGAAGCCAGUGAUGCCUACUUGGUCGGUUUGUUUGAGGAUACAAAAUAGUGCGCCAAGUACGUAACUUUCUCGCAAAAGAAAUCAAACUGGCUCACAGUGUCCGCUGGGAGUGGGCGUAAAUUGCAAUAAAAGCAACGGUUCUUUUCAGGACCAAUCAAUUGUGUUCUAGUGAGAGUUAAACUGAAACUUUCAUUUUAAGGUGUGUAACAAAUUUUCAACAAUCAACAUAAUACGUUGUGUGGAAAGAAGUAGCUUGCACACGGAACAAAAAUUUAAAUUACACUCUCGCUCGUUUCGUGCACUGCUUUUCCAUUCCUUUCUACUGUUUUUAUCAGUAUUACCAAAACGAAUGUGUUGUUGCAUGUGUUUAAGAGAAAUGUUGAAGUCGCAUGCUUCUAUUCGAGCUUUUUGGCAGCCUCUGUGAACUAACUGCAUUAAAUGAUUUUUUUGUGCAGCUCCGUGCUAGUAGCAAACAAAAUGGCCCUACCAGUGUCUGAUUCGUGAGAUUGUGCAGGAUUUCAAAGUCGAGCUAAGCUUAUAAAGUUCAGCCGUAAUGGUACCCGAAGAAGCCAGUCUUGUCGUUUUGUUCGAGGCUACAAAACAGUUCGCCAAGCACGUAACUAUCAUGCCAAAAAUAUCCAACGAUCCAGCGCAUCACCAUCAACACCAACGCCGAUACCAAAGGUUCUUUUCAGAACCUCCAUUAUUACCAUAGAGAAUUAUUUGAAAAUUUCCCAUUCAAACGUGAUUCUGUUGAAUAUUAUUAGAUUUAAAUUAACGUCUCGAAUUGAAAUCACGACGCUCCGGUUAUGUGACAGACAUUACCCACCCAUCUUUUUUUUAUUGUGACCACGACUAACGGUUUAAUAUAGACACCCCAUUUCAAUAUUUCUGAAGGAACAGAAGGUCGAGUUUGGAAAGUUUGUAACUUUCAUUGUACUUAACCAAAUUACACAAUGUUCGCACUAAUGAUUCAGAAAUAUGACCAGGAAUCUUCUAUUAGAUUUGUACAUCGCAACAACACACUUCGAAUCGACCUAUGCACGUACUGUAUUUCCCUGUUACGAUGAACCAUCUUAUAAGGCAUAUUUCAACGUCGCGAUUCGCCAUAGCUCGAAGUUCCAUGCUCUCUCUAACAUGCCGGUACUACAGACGAAACAAGAUAGCGACAAACUUACAACAACGUGGUUCAAACAGUCUCCACUGAUGUCUUCCUAUUUACUAGCAUUUAUAGUGUCCGAUUAUGCUACAUUAUCCACUGAUCAGGACCGUAUACGAGUGUAUGCUCCAGAAAAUCAAGUCCAGCAUACAACGUACGCACUAGAUUUUGCGGAAAAAUCCCUCCAAAUACUAGAACAGCUCUUUGGUCAUAAUUUCCAGCUCCCAAAGGUUGAUUUGGUAGCAAUACCAGAUUUCAACAUGGGAGCCAUGGAAAAUUGGGGUCUUAUAACGUUCCGUGCGGUAUAUCUGAUUUACGACGAUCGUUUUACUACGGCACGUACAAAGCAAAGCAUUGCCAAUCUAAUAACACACGAGUUCGUACAUUCUUGGUUUGGAAACGAGGUUACCCCAGAGUGGUGGACCUAUCUGUGGAUGAGCGAGGGAGUAGCCAGGUACUUUGAAUACUACGUAACCGCGCAAAUCGAAAAUACUUGGAUGUUGUGGCAACAGUUUGUUGUCAACAACGUCCACUCAGCAUUAUCUCAGGAUGACAAGAGUGGAAACAGACCCAUGAGCUACUACGCAACGGAGCCCGAUGUUCUGAACAGCUUAUUCGAUUACGUAGUUUAUGCCAAGAGCGCCGCAGUUAUUAGGAUGAUUCAAAACGUAAUUGGUUUCGACGCGUUUCAGAAGGCGUUAAACGAUUAUAUCACCAGCCUCAGCUAUCAAACCACGAAACCAGAGUAUCUCUAUACCAGCAUUGAAAAAUUCAAUAGAGAGAACCUACCUGGGACAAUCACCGAAAUAUUCAACAGUUGGGCUGAUAACGCGGGGUACCCUGUUGUAACGGUUACGAAAACUGGAAAUUGCAUAACUUUUUCUCAAAAACGCUUUUGGAUGCCAGUUGAAGAUGAAACAGCACCACCAGAUACAACGUACUACAUCCCAAUAAACUAUGCUACAUCUGAGAUCGCCGAUUACGACGAUACGAAAGCAAUCGAUUGGUUGACGCCAGAGAACCCCCAAAUGCAAAAAGAGCUACCUAGCCCGGUCAACUGGAUCCUGGUUAACAAACUGCAGACCGGUUAUUAUAGAGUUAACUAUGACAAGGAUAAUUGGGUAGCUCUAACAGAUAUCCUAAAAUCAGAACAAAUGGAAACCAUACCAAUUAUUAAUCGAGCUCAGCUGAUAGAUGACGUUAGUAAUCUGGCAAAAUCUGGAGACGUUAGUUAUGACAUCGCUCUUUCACUACUGCAGUAUCUGGAACAGGAAACCGAAUAUAUCCCAUGGAGCACCGCUUAUAAUGUACUGAUACACCUGAACCGGAUGUUCUCUGGUAACGAAAACUAUUCCCGUUUUGAAGAUUUCUUACGAACUAUUACUGGUCGCAUGUACGAGAAUGUUCGCAUGACAGGCCUCAUGGAUCACAUUAGUAGAUUGCAUCGUGGUAACACAGUUUAUUUGGCCUGUUACUUCGGGGUAAAAACGUGCAUCGCUGAUGCUCAGCAGUUAGUACAGCGGAUGCUAGAUGAUGAAUCGUAUCUAGUUCCUGAAGAGGUACAGUCUGCUGCAUUUUGCGCGAUGAGUAAAUAUGAUACAACCCUACAAGCUGAAGCGAUACGUGUAUUGUUUGACCGUUAUCUUCCAAUGAAAGAAAGCGAUAGCGGUCUGAUUGGACGGUUCAUCGCCGGGCUGGGAUGCAACAGAAAUGUAACCAUGAUCGAAUUCUAUCUAGGCUUAACCGUUAGCAACAUACCCGGAUUUCAACUAACGGGUUCCGAAAGAACUCAGAUGCUAAAUGCAGUUAUUAGCGGUAGCAGCGAAGGUCUACUUACAAGCUUGAGAUUCGUUCUGGAGUAUUAUUCAAACGUUGCUUAUCUGUACUCAUCGCUUGUUCCAGUGUUUACGGAGUUUGGCAACAGAAUUAACAGUAAGGAGACAUUUGAAUUGUUCGAAGACAUAAUCGCAAAUCAUGGAAGUGAUUUCUCUGACUCUUUGAGAAGCGCAGCUUCAAAAGCUUUAGCCCAAGCAACUCAGAAUACAGCGUGGACUGCUAAGUAUACUGAGAUCAUAAGUGAAUGGUUAACUGCGAACGAGUUUGAACUAAGUACCACCACCGCUAACCCAAACCCUGGCAGUGCUUCUUCAACUAUAGUCAGUUUGUUUUUGACUUCAGUUAUGCUUCUGGUCAACGCGUUUAUUUAG